UCUGCGCGUUGCUUCUUUGCUCCUCUUCUACGAUCGCGGCGCUAGGUCGAUUCUUUGAUUCUCUCAGUGAUCAGCAUUGCAGUCAAUCAGCGCCGGAUUCUAUGAAAUCGCCAUCAGCGAAUGCGAGAUGAGAAGGACAUGCGACGUUCGUGAUCGGUGUCGCCAUGUCCGGCACGGUUCUUGCAGUACAGGAGCCCUCUCCAGUUCUAGGGCAGCUUUCUCGAAAUGCACAAGUAUCGUAUGAUAUGCAAGAAAGGCGAAGGCACCUUCUCGGAGGUGCUGAAAGCACAAUGCCACAAAUCCAACAAAUAUGUAGCUAUCAAAUGUAUGAAGAACACUUUCGACAGUUUAGAACAGGUAACCAAUCUCCGAGAAAUCCAGGCUUUGCAGAGGCUUUCACCUCACACGAAUGUGAUAAAGCUCUUGGAAGUUCUCUACGAUCAGCCUACGGGAAGGUUAGCGUUAGUUUUCGAGCUCAUGGACAUGAACAUCUACGAAUUGAUCCGCGGGAGGCGAACCUAUGUCUCCGAAGACCGGAUCAAGAGCUAUAUGUUUCAGCUCUUAAAAGCAAUGGAUCACAUGCACAGAAACGGUAUUUUCCAUCGAGACAUAAAGCCAGAAAACAUCUUAAUCAUGGAAGAAUCCCUCAAGCUUGCAGACUUGGGAAGUUGUCGAGGUGUUUAUUCAAAGCAGCCAUACACUGAAUACAUCUCGACAAGAUGCAUAAACUGCAGGUAUCGAGCCCCGGAAUGCCUUCUUACAGACGGCUACUACAAUUACAAAAUGGAUAUGUGGGGAGUUGGAUGCGUCUUUUUCGAGAUUAUUAGCUUGUUUCCUCUUUUUCCAGGAACUAAUGAGCUGGAUCAAAUACAAAAAAUUCAUAAAGUCAUGGGAACACCUCCACAGCAGCUGCUAGACAAAAUGAGGAGGAGAUCUCAGCAUGCGGACUUUAAGUUCCCCCAGCAAGACGGGACUGGGAUCGCAAGGCUCAUUCCUCAUGCGUCACCGGCUUGCGUUGAGCUUCUAAACAAACUCCUUGCUUAUAACCCGGAUGACAGGAUAUCGGCCAGGCAGGCGCUGAGACAUCCUUACUUCAAGGAGCUGCGCGAGAAGGAAAAGCUACAGCAGGCCUUUGCGAAUGCUAACAGGGCUAACAGUCUGCGGCCGUCACCAAGUCAUCGCAGACUAGCCAUGCACGACGUUUCCCCUCAAAAGUCGAAAGACGAGGAUGCAAAGCUGCAAGGCCUGGGGACUGGGAAUCCGAGUGCCGCAAGCACACCACGAUCAAUGGCUAGUACACAGCUUCCGUGCCUCAACGUGAAUAGCAAAGCUAAAGAGCUUUCACAGGACGGGAAAGACACAGGUGGUUCCAGUCCUUUAUCUCAUGCUGGGGAUUCGCGAACGCCAGCGACGUUAACUUCUGUUGGCUCCGCUGUAUCAGUGAAUGUUGGUGGAGCUACAGACGCUGGGAGUUCGUGCAUGGAUUUAGACGGCGGCGGCGGCGGCGGCGGGUGUAGCAGCUCUACUCAUGGAUUGCCACCGAUCAAGAACAGCUAUACGUUGUCCAUGCUUUCUCCAAAGCCGCAGCUCUCAAGUCUACACAGGCACUCACAUUAUCAUUCACCAAAGGCACAUAGUGUCAAAGGUGUGAAGAUCGUGAAAGGCACCAAGAGCCACCGUGUUCUUCCGGAGCUAUCGCCCAAGAGCAUCUCCGGAGGAUACAAGCCCGGGGAGCCGCCGCCUUACAAGAAGCGAGCCAAUUCCAAGUACACAAGUCCAUACUCGCAAAAGUAUAUCAAUCACCUCGCAGCGACAUUGGUUUGACAAAAAAAAAUGCGAGACUUUUGCUUGCCAUCGACAAAAAGGAAAAGCCAAUUUUUCUCUGUAUAAUCAAACAAGGGAGAGCACAUUAUAUUUGUUGG